AUGAAUAAGUUCCUCUACGACCAACCACAAUUCACCUUGGAUUGGAGCCAAAGAUUUGCAGUCAUCAAAGGUGUAGCAUCAGGACUAUUCUAUCCACAUGAAGGGUGGGAACAAGUGGUGGUUCACAGAGAUGUCAAGGCCAGUAAUGUCUUAUUAGAUGGUGAAUUAAAUGCAAGAUUAGGCGAUUUUGGUCUCGCGAGAUUGUUUGAUCAUGGGACUGACCCUCAAACAAACAUUGUGGCCGGAACUUUUGGGUAUCUAGCCCCUGAACAUGCCAUAACUGGCAAGGCCACAAUAAGCACUGAUGUAUAUGGUUUUGGGGCUUUUAUGCUAGAGGUUGUUUGUGGAAGGAGACCAAUAGAGCCACAACGAGAAUCAGAUGAUCAGAAUCUAGUUUUAGUCGAUUGGGUGUUUUCGUGCUGGAGCAGAGGUGAGAUUCUUCAAGUAAUUGAUCCAAAUUUGGGUACUGAUUACAUUGCAGAUGAAGUGAAGAUGGUGUUGAAGCUUGGCUUGUUGUGCUCUCAAUCAGAGCCUGUAGCUAGGCCGACUGUGAGUCAAGUUCUACAGUAUUUUGAGGGCUCCGUUCUUCUGCCUGACUUAUCAUCACUUGGUAUUUCGGCUACUGGCCUAACGUUUGCAAAUCUUCAGAGCUUUGAUGAUUUUGCCAUGUCGUAUCCGUCUUCUAUGGAGUUUGCAUGUCCACAUUCACCAUCUGUUACAGAAUCCCUUCUCUUUGGAAGCCAAUGAUCAAGAACUUUUGGUUAUUUUAACCCUCGAUACGACUAUUAUUUUCCUUUCGUUAGAGUAACUUUCAUGUGAAUAUAGCUAUACUGUGAUGUAGAAGAUUGGCUUCCAAAUAGUUUUCUAUCAAAAAGUUUCUGCAAUUCAUUUAAACAGAAGCCAUUGCAUCUCUAGGACAAGUAGACUGAGGGUUAGCACAUUUCGUUUAGGAAAUUC